AAUUCGCGCAACAACCAUCACUAUUCCGGUUGGAUAACCGCGAAAAUUGCGCGUCCUGGUUUUCGCAGUUUUUAACGCUCACGUAAAUGACUGGCCAGAUUAAUCUACGGCAGUAUCAACGGCAUUUAAGCGACCCGUCAGUCCAUAGUGUAGGCGCCCGCGGGUACAUCUCGCUUUCACCCAGCUGGUCUCUUGCCACGUGCAUGGAAGUGCACGCACGUCCAAUCGAUGCACCGGUCUGAGGCGUUGAAGAAGAAGGUGAACACAAACCAGUACGUAUAUUUCGCAUCCGCGGCUUUGGUGGCAGUUGGCAUUCCGCGAGAUAGUGUCUCGUUGAAUUCGAUACCACUUGUUUUCGCGAUCGAGACCCCCCGGUGUUUCGGCUUGUCUCUUGAGCUUGCUACUCAAGAGCCAAUCUACCUCGUGACUCGCCGAUGACGUAACGCAUAAAUACACGCCACGGGAGAAUCGAACCGGUGGCUUCUACCACUUCUUCUUCUUCCUCUUCUUCUCCUCCGAGGAGGGCAGUCUUUGAAAAGCGGUGGUCUCGAGGCAGCUCCCUGAUCAGUACGGCGCGAAGAUCGUUAUCGCGGAAAGUGCAUGAAUCUCAAGCUGUCAGAUCUCGUUGCGAUCUAGUCAACGAAGAAGAGGAGAAGGAGCAGGAGGAGGAGGAGGAGAUAGCGCAGCAGGUAAGAGAGAAGGAGAAACUGCGGCAAGUCUCGAAGACGCCAUCGAGUUCUAUCCUCAGACCCGCUUUAUCCUCCGAUCGACUUGGAGAAUUCCUUACAAGGACCAAAUCGCUGCUAAUUCGUUCGACACGCUAUCCUAAGCUCGCGAGAUGUGGCGGCUGUCGAUAGUGAUCGGUAUGAUUGCGAUCGCGAAGGCUGGACCGUACGACAGGAUGAUGGUCUCGAUGAACGACAGAACAUUAUUCAUCAGAAGUCUACCCGGUGAUCCUGGGACCAGAAGCGAUCUUUACGAGGUUUACAUGGAACCGUAUUAUUUUGCAAUCGGUCUGAAGGCCGUGGUGGAGCUGAAAGCUCUCAGUGAGGAUGGUACGCCAGUAAAUGGACCCCGAGGGAUUCUAAUGUUAGAACAGCAUCCGGAAGGGGUCAAGGUCACGGGCACAAUCACGGGAUUAAAUCCGGGCUUGCACGGAUUUCACGUGCACGAGAAAGGAGAUCUGACGAAGGGUUGCAAUUCGGCCGGACCGCAUUUCAAUCCGUACAUGGUGAAUCACGGAGCACCGAGCGAUCCAUUGCGUCACGUCGGCGAUCUCGGUAAUAUCGAGGUCGGACAGGAUGGAGUGGCGCAUAUCAAUGGCAUAGAUCACUACUUGAGCCUAGUGGGUGUUCGUGGGGCGAUCGGUAGAGCUCUGGUGAUCCACGAGAAACCCGACGAUCUCGGUCGCGGCGGUACCGAGGAGAGUCUCAAGACCGGGUCAGCGGGUGCCCGCGUUGCUUGCGGUGUCAUCGGAUUUUUGUAAAGGGACUUUUUUAAACAAUGCAUAAUCAAACUUGAUUAUUGCAUGCAUUGUUCAUUAAAGGCUGUCGUACUUAAAAUUUACGUAAAAUGAUACUGCGUAAUACGCAGCAUCUUCGAAUAAUGUACUUGUAUAGUGAACGAGACGAUAUAUUUCUUAUUGAAAAUUAAAAUCUCUUUUUUGCUCUCAAAAUUUAACUGGAUGCUAUUUUCUUUAUUAUUAUUCUAUAAAUGUUUAAACAUUUUUAUUAAACUAUUUCUUUUUAUAUUUCAGAUAUCGAAAAUCUUUUAAAAUAAAUUAUUAUAUGUAUAUUUUAUUUUUCCAUAUUGUUUCUUGUUAGCUAAAUUUAUGUAUAAGUUUGUGAGUGUACUAGUGCAUUUUAAUACACAUUCAAUUAACUAAAAGAAAUAUCGUCUACUGCCAUUUUGUUCGCUAUUAAUUUAAUUACAUUCAUUUGUAUCGGUCAAUAAAUUAUAAAUAUAUAACCGGGAGUGUAUAUCG